AUGUCUGCACACAUAGGAGGGUGUCAGUCGCAGCUAGUUCACCUGCCUUCCCUCCCUUCUCGUCGUUUCCUCCCAUCCCUUUCAUCUUUCUCCCAUCCCUUUCAUCUUCCUUCCAUCCCUUUCAUCUUCCUCCCAUCCAUCGUCCCUUCCCGUACCUCCCAUCCCCUCCAUCCCUCCCAUUUCUCCCCCCCAUCCUGUCAGCUGCUUCUCCCCGACGGUCGUCGCUUUGCCACAGAGUCAACCGCACUGCAUCCCUCUGCAGACCUCGCAGUGCUCAAGGUGACUCAUAGGCUGUUUACCAGAGGGCCUACUGUAUCAGCAGUCUUGGUUUCCGGCCUGCAAGGGAUUGACGAGCCGGCUGUAUCAGCAGCGAAUGGAGCAUCGACUGUGGCAGGAGAGGAGCGGGGAGCAUCGACUGUGGCAGGAGAGGAGCGGGGAGCAUCGACUGUGGCAGGAGAGGAGCGGGGAGCAUCGACUGUAGCAGGAGAGGAGCGGGGAGCAUCGACUGUAGCGGUAACGAUUGGGGACGACAAGACUGCAGCAGACAGGGUUGGGUCAACUGGAGGAACGAUUCCUGUGGACUGUUGCAGGGGAGUGGGUUCAAGAGAAGCGGAUGGGAGUCCUGCCGUAGCAGGCAUAUUUGGGGAAGUGAGAGCAGAGGUGCAAGAGACAGGAGGGGAGGGAGGAGUUCAGAGGGAUGGAGGGGAAAGAGCAGGUGAGAGGGAUGGAAGAGAGGGAGGAGAGGGCAGCAGAGAAGACAAGGAGUGGCUCCCCUGUGCGCCCAUUGGUGAUAGUGAUGACGUGGAGCUUGCUGAUUUGGUGAUCUCGGUGGGCAAUCCUGUGGGGCUGCCUGGCAGCAUCAGCCUGGGCGUGAUCAGCAGCCUGCACCGCACUGCUGCUCAGGUGAGGAAGGGGGUUGAAGGGGGAAGGUGGGGGUUGAUGGGGGAGUGGGGGAGUGGCAGAGAGAAGAUCUACAUGGGUUUACGGUGGGAGUGCCGCACUCCACACUCCACUUCUUCCAAACCGACUGUGGGAGUGCCGCACUCCUCACUCCACUUCUUCCAAACAGAUUGUGCCAUCAACCCGGGCAGUUCAGGCAGUCCCCUCGUGAACGAGUUCGGAGAGGUGCGUGCAGCUCUCGCAACCUGCUUUCUUUAG